GAGAGAGAGAGAGAGAGAGAAAUGGAGACCGGUGCCGUGUUUGGAGGGCUUCAAGCAAGCCCUACUCAUGUCUUCAGCUCAUCUCGUAGCCCCUCUACGCUUCUUCCUUCUAUCUUCACUGACAAAACGCAUUUUUAUCUUCAUUCCCUCAAGCUCCAAAAGCAAUUUCAUGUCGCUUCUUGUUCUAAUGGUGGUGGUAACUUAAACCCUGUUCCAGUGGCCUCACCAGCAAGCAAUGUAACGUGGGAAUUGGCUGACAUUGAUUGGGACAACCUUGGAUUUGUUUGUACGCCUACUGAUUAUAUGUACAUAAUGAAAUGUUUGCAAAGUGAAAACUUUUCUAAAGGUCAAUUACAGCGGUAUGGAAACAUUGAAAUGAGCCCCUCAGCUGGGAUAUUGAAUUAUGGGCAGGGAGUAUUUGAAGGUUUGAAAGCCUUCCGGAAACAGGAUGGCUGCAUUCUAUUGUUUCGUCCUGAAGAAAAUGCAUUGCGGUUGAGGAUGGGGGCAGAGCAUAUAUGCAUGCCUUCGCCAACUGUUGAACAGUUUGUUGAAGCUGUAAAGGUUACAGUUUUGGCAAAUAGAAGAUGGGUACCUCCUCCAGGUAAAGGUUCCUUAUAUAUAAGGCCUUUGCUUUUGGGGAGUGGAGAUGUUCUUGGGGUUGCACCUGCUCCUGAGUACACCUUUCUGAUUUAUGUUACACCUGUUGGUAACUAUUUCAAGGUAUGUUGUUUGUCCUCUUUGCAUGCCUAUUUCAAUAAAGCGUAG